AAGAGAAAACUGAACGUUUCUCACUUCAUAUUGAGUACAAUUAAAACGAACAAAUUUUGAAUUGUCGACCAUAUUCAGGUCACUCUGUAUUUUUACGCGUCCAACAAUUGAGUCUCAUCGCGUGCGUAGUAUUAUCGGAAGUGUCUCAUAAAAAGUGUUGUCAGUGUAACAUAAAUACCGUACGUACAAUCGUUAUUACACGCCGUUUUUAGUAUCGACAAUUCGCGCUUCUACAUAUUUGAAAUCAAUUGAAAUUCUCUUCGCGAAAUUCACGCCGUUAUUUUUUCGCGAUUAGAGUGCACGAUCAUCGCCAACUUAACGUACACGCGUGUUAUCGUUCCACAAUUAACAGCAUUCUACAACCGAUACUCUAUUUUCGCAUUCUCAAUAAUAUGUUCGGAUCACGCGCGCGUUACUAAUAAUUAUAUACAUAACACAAAAUCUACAAAAGCAAGAUUGAGAUCAAUAUUUGUUGAUUAACUCUCGAUACGAAACAAGACGACAAUUAACACGCUGUCUUUCUAUCAUUAUAAACAUUUACAGCAUCGAAAUCUAAAUCUAAGGAAAUUCUAUAUUUUCGUGGUUUCACAGUUUUUUACCUAGAACAUAUCAUGUUGCGCGGAUACCUAAGAUACCGCUCGGUGCGCGCGAUAAGAAGCGAGUCUAUCGAUCUUGUUGCUAGGCGGUUCGUGGACGCCGCUACCGCCGCGACGGCCAUCGGCUAACCGUUUCUCCCUAGGCGGCAACAGAUGGCGCAGCGCAAGCGGCGCGCGCACGCGGAUCACCGUCGGGGCCGCUCGAGCUCGAGGAGUGACAGCUCGCGAGCUCGAACUGUCAUCACGGCGGGUAUCGCGCGCGUCGUCCGUACCGUAUUCGCGUUUCCCGUGCAGCAAGUAAACGCGACGUGACGCGACGUGACGUAUCGUGCCAGUGCCGUGUAACGUGACUCGUGAACGUGUCCCAUCCGUCACCGAGCGAUCGCGUCUCGAAAUCGCGUCAUUUCUCUCUUUUGUUUUUCUUCUCCCCCGUCGAAAAAGCCGAACCGCCGCCGCCGCCGCGCACGGUGGGUGCGCACGCAAGGUAGAACAGCUCGCACCGCUCGCUCGCUGCCGGCUCUCAGUCUACUGGAAGAUUCCAUUGUGUGAGAGUGGGCUUUCGAAAAGUUUCGCGGCAUCGCCGGCGAGUUUUCGCGAACGUCCAUCGUCGAUACGUCGGGACAUCAAACCAGCACCAGCGCGCAUCGUUUCGAGGAAGGAUCGUUCGACGAGCUCGCAAAAUAGACGAGAGUAUCGUGCCCGUGCAAAAGAGAGGAAACGGCGAAUCGGAAGGAAGAAAAAUAUAGAUAUCCCGUCGUUCCAUCGCGCGCGCUGUUUAUCCUGGGAAUCGAGCCGAGCGCGCGGGCGCCUCGACACUCCGCGCGAUUGCUUCGAGGCAAGAAGGAUCCUGGAAGGAUCGGACGGAAGGAAAACAACGUGCGCGGGACAUGUACCGAGAGCCGAACAGCUCGUCGGGCAGCAACGCCUCCACCAAGGGCGACGAGGUCGAGCUCGUCAGUAGGUUCCUGGCGCCGCUCUGCGCCAGGGACGAGGCGGCCAGGAACAUCGCCCUGGCCGCGGCCAGGACAACCGUCGAGGGAUGGCUGGGCAGCGUCGGAAGUCCGAAUCGCUGGGAGGACGCCAGCGACAUCGAGGACAUCAAGAACGCGACCGGCAAGUUUUCCGGUCAGGACGGAAGAUACGACAUGAGUGUCGAGCGGUCGCCGACGAAGUCGUCGCCGAGGAGCGUGCAUCAGCACCUGCUGCAGGACACGUUUCGGACAGAGGGCUUCUUCCCGCAAAGCGUGAACGAUAACUCGGCACCGUUCCUCGAGGAAAAUAAUCCGGAGUCCUCGUUCGAUUGCGUGGACGGUCGUCUUCUAAACGAGAGGCGAUUCCGCGAGCGAUACGGCGACGGCGUCGAGAGCAGAUCCGGCCAUUCAACGUCCUCAGACGAGGGUAGUAAGAGCUUCAACAUCGAAGGCAGAUGCCCACGCUUUGGCUCCAACUGUGAGAGUGAGCGGAAGUACCAUGCCGGCUCAUCGUCGAGCGACAGAUCGACGAGCGACGACUAUUGUCCUGGCAGGACGAAGAACAUAUACGCCAAGUUAAAGGGCGCUAAGCAGAAGCAGCUGGAAGAUGACGAGCUCGAUGCGGACACCCGGGUGUACGGCAAGAGUCCCAAGUUCGACGACAAUAUGAGCGGCUUCGCUUCGUUCGACUGCCGGAAUCGCCGAGCCAAAAUCGCCGCCGGCGGCGAUCUGCUGACGCACGAGCAGCGCCGAUACUAUGACAGCGCUGACGACGACGUGUCCUUCAACGAGAGCGAGGCGGCGCGCAGCGACGGGGUCGUCUUCAACACGCUCGACGGUUUUGAGAACGAGAACGAACCGUCUUACCGUCAGGACAUGAGUUUGGAGAGCCGCGAGACAGCGGCGGCUCACGAGGAUAACCCGGAGGAUCCUCGUAAUCGGGCGCAGCAGCAGGACUAUCUGCGCAAGAACGAUGAGAGGAAGUUUAGCGCCGGUCAGAUCAAGAGGCCGCUCUCUCAGGACGAGGAUGUGUCCGCGAAGAGCGGAAGGGUGCUCGAGAGUCCGGAAGUGACGCCCGGCGAUGUCGGCAGGAUGCUGAAUCUCGGUAACGCCUUGGACGGACCCAGGCAGGCGCAGGCCAACAAAUACCUAAGCCUGGUGACGUUACAUCUGCCGGUGAUACUCAGGCUCAGCGUCAACUGUCCCUUUCAGAACGUCAGGAUCAAGUGUGCGGAGAUCCUUCAGAUGGUCAAGGAUAGAGGACUUCCAGUACCAGUGCCGGCUUUCGAUGGACCUAGUGCCUUCGUCCCUCUCUCGGAGCUGCCGGAUCUGAACAACCUCGAUGAAAAGACGCAUGUGCUAUUGAUGGAUGUUUUCGUACAGAACAACAGGCUGGAUCAUGUCUCGAGGGUAAUGUCAUCGCAUCCAUCGUAUUUGGAACAUUUCCUGCGGACUCAGCAUUUCAUCCUUCGGGGUGAUGGACCACUUCCUUACGACUACCGACAUCUCAUCGCUAUUAUGGCCGCGGGUAGGCACCAAUGUAGCUACCUUAUAAACCUGCAGAAGAGAGAGUUCCUUCUUCAGGGCGGUGACCCCUCGUGGCUCCAAGGCCUGAGAUCGAUCCCGGGGAAGCUGCAAGAUCUCUAUGAGAUCAACAAGAUCCUAGCUCAUAGACCGUGGCUUCUGAACAAGUCGCACAUAGAGAAAUUGACUAAGGGCGACGAUAAUUGGUCCUUAGCCGAGGUCGUCCAAGCGAUAGUCCUAUUAGCUCACUUCCACUCGUUGUCGUCUUUCGUAUUUUCCUGCGGGGUUAACGAGGAAUUGGAUAACGUAACUGGCCAUCAUUACAAGAAGAACAUACAGGACAAUAGUAAUAGCGUACCGCCAGCCAAAGAUAAAUUGUCCAGCAGUCCGAAGAAAAUUCCCAACGGCGACGGCAAAACCGAAAAUAUGCCGUCACCGCCGUCGUCGCCGAGCAUAGUCGGCGAGCAGGAGGUCGGCGUGGAGACUCUGAUGGAACGUAUGAAACGCCUGUCGGAAAAGUCCGAGUCCUAUCAGAUCACGCAGGAGGAACUCUCCAAGAGAUUCGAGACUGUCGAGACGCAGUCGGCCGAGCUGGCAGCGGCGCCGCAGAGAAGUAGCUCGGUCCUCGACUCGGAUAUCGGUCUAUUCAUCGAGGAUCCUACCUUCAUAUAUCAGGAUUUUGCUAAGCGCGGUCAGCUGAAUGACAUACCGACCUUCCGCGUCCAGGACUACUCCUGGGACGAUCAUGGUUAUUCCCUGGUGAAUCGUCUUUACAAUGAUGUCGGUAAUCUCCUCGACGAUAAAUUCAAGACCGCGUACAAUCUGACGUACUACACCAUGGGCACGCACAAUAAGGUCGACACGUCGCGCUUCAGACGGGCGAUCUGGAACUACAUACAGUGCAUGUUCGGCAUCAGGCAUGACGAUUACGAUUACAAUGAGGUGAAUCAAUUGCUCGAGCGUAGCCUCAAAACCUUCAUCAAGAGUGCCGUUUGCUAUCCGGAACGUGUCACUAAAAAGGAUUACGAUCGCGUCAUGAGGGAGUUCAAGCACAGCGAAAAGGUCCAUGUGAACCUGAUGAUUCUAGAGGCUCGCAUGCAAGCGGAAUUGUUAUAUGCUCUUCGCGCCGUGAUGCGAUAUAUGACCUAAAGCGGAGUUUUGCGUCAUCCCCUAUCUAUCUGCUGUCUGUCAGUUUGUCAGUUUGUUUUCUCGAGCCAUUCUAUCGCGCUAUCCGGAUUCUCGGAUUCUGCGCAAGGCAUGGAAAGAACGAGUGAGCGCGAUAUCGUCGAGUUUCAUAUGGAACAUCAUACAUAUAUAUACACGCACGCGCGCGGCAUCAUAAAGCCACUUCAUCGUCGAUCGACUCGUGAAUCGCGGCGAUAGAGAGCAAUCGCGAUUCUUCAAUCAGCGCUGAGAAAGGCAGUAAUGAAGAAGCGAGGAAAAAAGAAGAGACAAAGAAAAGGAAGAUAUGAAUCGGGUAGAAAGAAGAGAUGCAAGGAAUCGCAAUACUUGGCUAUUUAGUGGAGCUCUUUGCGUGAUCCAAUGGCGAAUCCAAUCGCAUCUUUGUUCCUCGAGCGACUUAUUAAUACAUCGAUUGUACGUUACGGUCCAUCUAUUCGCGUAAUAAAUUUAAUAUAGUUUGCGACGAAUAUGUAGGAUCGGCAAAGUACUUUCUUCCGUGCGUGUUUGGGAGAUCAGAGUCUAGAGAACUAAGAGGAGAGAAAGAGAUUGUGCGAACAGACAGAAAAAAGACAAGGCUGGGGUUGAUAAAGAGACGAAAGAUUAUAAUUUGUUUUGUACAUAGACACUUGUAUUUUUCUACGUUCGGCAUCGUAGCAGACUGUUAUUUGUGCGUUUCGUUUAUGUUUCAGAUCUGUUAAAAAAACGUUUGCUCUCGUCUGUUAGUAGCUUUCGCGUCGCGCUUUAACUUUAUACACACAAACAUAUACACACAAAAUUUUUACUGUGUUUACGUUUCGAUCUUAUGCGCGAUUCGCUAGCGAGUUCAUGGAUUAACGCAUCAUCACGACGCGUGCACACACGAGAAAAAAUUUUAGUUCCGCGCGCGAUAUUUUGUUUCUACUUUUGUGUCGAGUCUUGAUAACUUGUCAAGAAGUGGAAAAUUAAUUAUAAGGUUAAAUUAAGAAAUCUAACGCUGAAUUCGUCAUCCUUUGUCUCUUUUGCGUUGUAUAUAUACAUACAUAUAUAUAUAUAUAUAUAUAUAUA